AUGAUUAAUGUUUGCAUGAUCUUUCAACUGAAUCCCUUCUCGAUGUUGCCCGCCACAUCGUGCAAUGCUGCAGCCAAGAAAUCGAUGCCGAACGACCUCGAGGCUCUCGAGGAUCAGGUCGAGGCUCCACGGCCUGCGCCCCGGGCGGCCCAACCGCCACCUCGAGGGAAGCGGAUGGGAAGUCGCAGCUCUGCGACAAGGCAGGCCAAGCAGCUGAGUGAGGUGCCUCGCAGCGGUGCCGUUGCACAUGCCCCGCCGGAAGGCGGCCACACAAGUCAAGCUUUACAGCCGCCUUCUCCGGAAGCUCCAGAUCCCAUACCUCUGACAGCGGAACUGGAAGCCUUGAUUGGCAAGACCCUCCGCGAAAUUCAAGUGUUGGAGAACCAGGAGAAGCUCUGGUCACAGCCGGAGCCGGACCUUCAGCUGGAGUUCAAAGCCGAGCAACUCCAGCACAGCUUUUCCAAGGUGAAUGUCCCGAGUCCACCUCAGAUACCUCGCGCCAAGCGCCCACCAGCAACAGGAGCUCGUGAAGCUGAAGAGGAGGCAGUCGAGCACUGCCGGCGAUUCUUGGCGGAAGCGUGCCGGCCACACGUUAAGAUCAGGAUGGCCUAUCCAGUACCUCAUCUUGAAGUGUCUCAAGUGGCGGACAUGCAGCUCAGGCGGCCUUUCGAGAACUCCCUUGAGUCGAUGUCCUUCAACCCGCUGGAGUUCCGAAUCCGUAGCCGAUCCGUCUGGUGA